AUGUCGUCUCCAGUAGACGAGCAGUUUAACACUGACUCGUCCAUUCAGACGUUUACUUCUUCUUUAAUUUUCAAUACAUCUAUUUCAGUUGCGGUAUUUGUUGCUUUCGAUAUUUUAAGGAAACGGAAUAAAAAGGUUUAUGAACCUCGAACUUACCUGGUCCCUGAAAAGAAAAGGUCGGAACCAUUACCAUCAGGACUUUUUGCAUGGGUUCUACCGGUUCUAAGGGUUUCCGAUGAGGAAGUUAUAAGGCGAAUAGGUCUUGACUCGUUUAUGUUUAUAAGAUUCAUGGGAAUGUUUAUGAAGUUAUUUGGUGUCUUUAGUAUCUUUGGAACGAUCAUUUUACUACCACUUGAUGCUAAAAAUCAAAAAGGUGGCGCUGGCUUGGAUCAAUUCACUCUUGGUAACAUUUCCGACAGUAAGAGAUUAUGGGCUCACUUGAUUCUCACAUGGUUAUUCAGUUGUUCUACGAUGUAUGUACUAUAUUAUGAGUUGCGUACAUUUGUUCGCUUGCGCCAUGAAUAUCUCACAACUGACGAACAUCGAGAUUCUCCACGGGCGACCACUAUAUUAGUUGUCGGAAUUCCAAAUGAUAUGAAUAAUACUAAAACGUUGAAAACUUUAUUCGAUAUAUUUCCGGGUGGAGUAAAGCGCAUAUGGCUUAAUAGGGAACCAUCUAAACUUGUAGGUAUCGUAGCUGAUCGAGACAAAUUAGUGAAUGAAUUAGAAGGUGCCGCUACAACAUACAUAACGCAACAUGCAAAGAAUUUAGCAAAAUCACGAUCCAAAGAAUCUAAUGCCGAAAAUGGAAGCAGCGCACCGAGUACAACACGUCCACAACACCGUAAAAUACCAAUUAUAGGAAAAAAGGUUGAUUCCCUGGAAACAUAUCGUUCUGAUUUAAGCAACUUAAAUCAACAAAUUUUAAAUUUACAAAAAGACCCUAAUGCUUUUAAACAAUUGAAUUCAGCUUUUAUACAAUUUAAUAACUAUAUCGGAGCUCAGUUAGCUGCUACUUCUACGGUUCCAAGGUUAACUGAUAUUGCCCCCGAUGAUAUUAUUUGGGAAAAUUUGAAUUUGAAGAGUAAUCAAAGAAUGGUCAGACGCUUUAUUAGUCUAGCCGUUGUUGUUGCUCUUGUAUUACUUUGGAUUUUUCCAGUUACAUUUGUCGCGUCUAUAAGUCAAUUGGAAUCAUUGCAAAAACUUCCAUUCUUGAAAAAUAUUAUAGGGGGUCUUCCAAAAGUGGUCUUUGGUAUAAUUCAGGGUAUUUUACCAGCUUUAGGAUUAGCGACAUUGAUGUUUAUAUUGCCAAUAAUUUUAAAAUUUUUGUCGAGAUUCGAAGGAAUUGUUACGUAUUCAUCAGUUGAUCUUAGCUUGCAGAGCAAAUAUUACUUCUUUUUGGUUGUGAAUGUACUAUUAAUUUCAACAUUCGCUAAUGGUAUAUUUACGGCGUUGCCAAAUCUUAUUGAGAACCCAACACAAGCAAUUGACAUUUUAGCGGUAAAUCUUCCACUAGCUUCAACAUUUUUCCUUACCUACGUCCUUCUUACGAUAUCAUCUAGCGCUCUAGAAAUAUUUCAAAUUGCACCUUUGAUUUCGGACAUUAUCUUUAGGAAACUUUUAGCUAAAACUCCUAGAAAAAUUUGGCAAUUGGAACGAACGAUGUUAUUUAAAGAUUGGGGAACGGCUUUCCCUCCACAUAUAUUGAUAGCCUGUAUAGGUUUCGUAUAUUCUACAGUACAGCCAUUAAUCCUUCCAAUCGUUACCUUACAUUUUAUGGUUCAUUACUUGGUUUAUCGUUAUCAGUUCCUUUACGUAUACGAACAGCCAACUCAAACGGGAGGAUUAUUGUUUCCUAAGGGAGUUUAUCAAAUGUUUACAGGGAUUUAUAUAUUCCAAUUAACACUUACUGGAUUAAUGUUCCUUAAAGGCGCUGUCGUGCAAGGCAUAUUGUGUAUUAUAUUAUUAAUAACAUCGCUCAUAGUUUUAGUAGCCAUGCGAAAGAUCUUUAAACAUAAUCCAAAGGCCGAAUUUUUACCUGUUGAUUUGACGGGUAUAAUUGACAUGAAAUCAAGAAAGGUUUUGGUAGGAAAUAAUCUUUGGUUACCUGAUGAUCAAAAUGUUUCAGAUGAUUUUAUAAAUGAAUUUCAUAAUGAUGGAAUUAAUGCUACAAAUCAAGGUGCAACCCUUAAUGAAAAAAGUAAAGUUGUAAUCGAUAAAAAUAAAAUCCCUUUAGAUAUUCAAGAUGAUAAAUAUGCCAAGCAAAUGAUGCAAGAGAAAACACAAGAAAAUAAUCAUGGUGGCCCGAUUCAAAAUGUUGCUGGUACAAGUAAAACUCAUAAUUAA